AUGAAGAUUCAUCUCUUCCUUUUUAUUCUGCUCUUUUGGGUCACAAUUUUGCCAGCCAAAAAGAGGUAUCCUGAAUAUGGUAGUUUGGAUUUGAGGAGGGAGUGCAUAACGAGUAAAGGUCACUGUAAAACCCAGUGCUCUGAAAAUGAAUUUAGGAUUGCUUUCUGCAUAAGACCUGGAACUCACUGCUGCAUCUAG